AUGGCUCGAAAAAAAAGUAAGACCCAGGCCGUUCAUCCCAACGACGUCGAUGAAGAGCACACCGGCCGUGGUCGCAAGCCCUGGGUGAAGGGUGCUCUACUUGACCUCCUCCUCCCGCUUGUACCGGAAUAUCAGUACGAGAUCACCGGUCGUCCGAAGAAAGAACGCGGUAUUUGGUUCACCAACGUUACGAAGAAGGCGAUGUCGAGUUGUGGAUGGGGUUUGCUCGUUGAUAAGUUGCUGAAGGCGGGAAUAGCACUGCAGCCGAAGUCUGUCACCGUGGAUCGCGAACUUACAGAACCUCCGCAAGCCGGACCUACGCCUCCUCCCCCCACCCUUGACCUGUCCUUAUCAGAUACUACCACGCAGAAUACGACCGAUCAGCGUCCUCUUACAUCCACUGCUGAUUCCACUCCCGACGACGUGCCCGGCUUAACGAACGACGUACCGCCAAACCCACAGGGUCCUUCCGAGACACCUAUGACUGGGCCCACUCCUCCUGCCUCGUCUUCAUCUACACCCGCACCCUCCGGUACCAACGCCAUCACGACAUGUUCCGAUGACGCGCCAGGUCUGGAUGAAGAACCCGUCACCAUCGAGGGCAGGCUCUACCUUCAUGACGAGUAUUAUACCGGCCCUGGGAGUGAUUAUACGCCUCAGAUCUUCAAGGCAGUGCGCGAUCAUAUCAUCGCCUGGUUCUGGUAUCAAGGCCAUAAGUUAAGCCUGACAGAUUCGACGUCCGGUACAGUAAUUACGAACACCUCCAUCGCCUGCAACUUCAAAGCGCUACUCGAGCUGUUCCUCGAGCAGCCACGAAGGGCUCAACUGGUCCAAUAUUACGCGCGCGAGUAUUGGGAGGAGCGGAUCAAGGCCACCUUCGACAAAGAAUGGGCGGUGACUUGUGCGGCAACAGUGGCGGCUGGUCGGGAGGAGCCUCAGGCCAGGGUGAAUAAUCGCAUGGAGGUAGCACGGAGGCUGUUAGAGACGGAGACCGAGGGGUUUAAGAAGGAGAUGCAGGCGGCGGUAGAUAAGGAGCACGAGGAGUUGACGAGAGGGUAUGAGGAGAGAUUCGAAAUAGCGCCAAGGGAGGGGAAGAGGCGUGAAUGGAACCUUCAGGAGUCCUAUCAGCUUCUGAAACCUAUCGCAGACGUGCUAUCCCUACGCUAUGGAUCCGUGGUAACGAUUUUCAUGGCUGCGCCACACGAGAAGGGCGAGAUCGAGACACAGAGCGUCCAUGCUGGUGAAACCAAGGAGUUCCUGCCGAAGAACUGGGAUAAAUUCGACCGGAUGGGCCAUGCGACGGCGAGAGAUUCGUUUGCGUCGUUCGCCGCUCGAUGUUUUGGUGCCGAGGAAAUGGACGAAAGAGUUCAAGGGCAACAAGAGUCUUUUGGCCGUGCAAAUUUCCAGAUGGAGCGAUUAGAUGACACGGUCACAGCAGCGCAGAAUGGGAACAAGAACGAGGAUGUCGAUUUGAACAUGGCGGAGGACAAUGCGGUGCAGCAACCGGAUCGGAACGCGUACUCAAUCGGGGAAGAAGACCUCCCUUCGGACCGGCCCGCUAGAUCCGCCACUGCCACAGCGUUGAUCGUCGACGCGUCCACCACUCCAGUUCCACCUCUAACUCCUCCAUUUCCUGGUCCUCCCGCCCCUAAUCCUGCCCCUGCUCUAGCAUCUGACAUCGACGCAGCUCCUGCACCUAGCGAGACAUCUACUCCGGGAUUCCCUGUGCUUGCUCGUACAUCUGAAACUGAUUUCGCCGUCGAGGUCCCUUGUCGUUUGCCUUCGUCUCCUCAACCAGGUGUCCUCGCCCUCGACCCCAAGGCAAUCCUUCCAUCUUAUGAACCGGAACCAGACCCUCCAGUACCUCCCCGUUUGCCUUCUCCUUCUCUCAUAGCUCAUGAAGGGGAUCCCGUUGCUCCACAGCGAGCCGUAGACGAGGCUGAGGCAUUCGACACACGCCCUGCGUCACCCUCUGUAUCACGUAUUGCUUCCUCGACGACUCCGUUCAGCGCACAUGUCUCCGACAACGAUGCCUCCACCCCCACAACUGUCGAUUCACUUCCGCCCGCGGCCAUUGACACCGCUGUUGUAUCGACCGUCCAGAAUCCAGUGGAAUUCGAGCCAUAUCUCAGCACCCCUCUCCCUUCCGCUCGACAAUCUGCCGUUACUACCAGCUACGAGCCCAUUGCUCCCGACGCGUCCGAUGCAGAGUCGCCCCGCAAAGCCAGGCCUAUAUUCGACUUCUCGACAGUUGCGAACCCUCAGGACCGAGGGUGGCUACAGAAGGGCUUCAAGCAUCUGAGGGAGGCUAAACUAGGACCGCUGUGGGAUGGGGUGGUUGAUGCGUUCUAUGAGCAUGAGGAGUUGAUGGAAUUCGAGUUCUUCGCCAUCAAGUUCCUUCCGAAGGGUACUCGCCCGCAUAUGAUAUCCGACUGGAUACAAUCCGCCCGUCCUGUCAGUCAGGGCAUCGCCUUCAAGGAGAUCAACAAUAUCUCCGCCUUCGAGACUCAGUUCUGCUCUUGGUGGUGGAACGCGCAGCCCCCGGGACGUACAAGGAAUGAGGACGGGUGGCCCGUGCAGAACGACAGCGCGCAGGUAGACUGGGAGAAGGCCAGGUACUCCGGGGUCAACGGAUUGUGGAGUAUCAUGGUGGCGUUGUGCUGGUGGGGGCUCUAUUUUCCCUCGGCAGAUGAGCGUGAGGGUAGCGACUGGAAGACUGCUGUCUACGAUGUGCGGUAUGUUCUGUGGCGUUUACUCGAGACCGCCCCGAAGGCUCUUCUCGAAGACGGCUCCACCGCUUCAGACUCCCCGAUCUCAACACGGUCAAAGAACGCGCGCGGCGCCGAUAGUGCUGAGUCCAGUGAGCGAGGGAACCCUUCUAGUCGGAAGGUGGCCGUUUCGCAGGAGGGUUUGAGUGUACCCACGCUCAAGCGUAAGAUCGCCCAGACAGAAGGCGAGGGUGGCGAGUCAAGUGACCGCCGUUUGCGCAAACGUACCAAGUAG